UUGCAGCACCAGAACAUUCAGACUCAGUAAGAGCCUGUCUGUAAGAGAAGCGUUUUAACCGAAUGAAGAUUUUUAGAUUAAAAAAAACAAAAAAAACGACGACCUUGUUUGUUCUCGACAGCCGCGCCAUGGAUAAUGAAUGUCAUUGUUCAGAUUACAGUGAAAGGCAUUCUCAUGCCAUUCUGUUCAACAUCCUCAGCCGCACAGAUGGCAGUGAGACGAGACACGACAACCAGAACAAAACAACACCACACAGAUGCAACUGUGAGACGCGACGGACGGUGUGCUUGAAAAGCCCAGCCGAGGUUUGCCAAGAGGCUUCAGCGGUGUUGGUGAAGACCGUCCAUUUUAUGAAAAACCUGCCUGCUUUUAACCAGCUUCCACCACACGACCAGCUGUUGCUACUUCAGAGCUGUUGGGCACCUCUAUUCAUAUUGGGUCUGGCCCAAGAAGGUCUGGAUUUCGAAGUCCUCGACAGCCCUGCUGACAGCAUGCUGAAGAGAAUCCUUCUGAACUGUCAGGAAUAUUCGGGAACGGAGAGAGAGCAGCCCACCAUGGCUGGGGUGAGCAAACUGAAGUCUUGCCUUAAAAAGUUCUGGAGUUUGGAUUUAAGUCCCAAGGAGUAUGCAUACCUGAAGGGAACCAUCAUUUUCAAUCCUGAUGUUCCAGAUUUAAAAGCAGCUGUGUUCAUUGAGGGCUUACAGCAAGAGGCGCAGCACGCUCUGAGCGAGGUUGUCCAGCCUCUUCAUCCCGGAGACAGCGGGCGCUUCGCUCGCAUCCUGCUGACCGCCUCCACGCUCAAAACCAUUACGCCCAACCUCAUCACUGAGCUGUUCUUCCGGCCUGUCAUUGGCCAGGCUGACCUUCUUGAAUUGCUGGUGGACAUGCUCUUCUGCAGGUAGUCCAGAAAUGUAGCCUAACUGGACAUUUGGGCAAAAGUCCUACUUUCAUACAAUCUGACUGUCAAGAGACAUUUCCUCGUGAGAUGAAGGAAUGACAAAUAAGCAAUUAUUAUGGAUAGAAAAACUAUAAAUGAGUGCCUAUGAGUGUUUGAGGUGUGACAGUCAUCUUUCUUUGGCACAUCGUGAAGACAUUAUAAAUAGUUUGCUAUUGUUUACAUACAACUCUAAAUUAGCUAUUUUUUACUUUUUCAAUUUGAGGUCACACAGGCUAUGUCUGUCAUCGUUUUGCUAUUUCCUGUGGUUGAUAGUAUAAAACGUCUCGAUAUUCUGUUGGCGUGUUGUGAAGGCCAAUUCGAUUCCCAAGAGUUCUGUCUAAAAACACACUUGUUUGUGUAACUUUGAAUUCAUACUUUGUUGUUUAUUUCUGGUAAUGCUCUCAGAUUAUGCGAAUAAAUAUAUUUUUCUACAAUAAC